AUGGCUGUUUUACAAGGCUAUUCUAGCCCAAACUGCUCGGUAGAAUGUCCACAGAACUGUGCUGCAACAGAGACAAAUGACACAGAUGUUUGUAAUGCAGCAUCUGAGGAAUGUUUGUAUGGUUGUAAGGAUGGUUUCUAUGGGUGUAAACCGAAUUACUGGAGAGGUAAAUGUCAGAACUUGUGCAACACAAACUAUAAUGUAUCACACGACCCUAGCAAACGUAUAUGUGAUAAAGGUGACGGCACAUGCCUGAACGGAUGUAACAACAACAACUAUUGGGGUAAUCAGUGCGACAAAGAGUGUUCAAUUGGCUGUAUCAAUGAAACGUGUCAGCAAGAAUCUGGAUAUUGCACUGAAAGAUGUAGUACAAAGACCGUAUAUGGUUUAUUUUGUGAUAAAACAUGCGGUGAAAACUGCCUACAAGGUACGUGCAACAGAGAGGAUGGCUACUGUGAUAUAGGAUGCGUAAAAGGAAAAUAUGGCAAUCGCUGUGAUAAGUCGUGUAACGAAAACUGUAAAAAUAUACGUGCAACAGAAACGAUGGACAGUGCAGUAAUGGAUGUGAAACGGGAACUUUCGGAGACAAAUGCAACAUAUAUUGUAAUUUCAAAUGUUUGUAUCGCAAAUGUGAGCAGGCAAGAGGUGUUUGUACAGAUGGUUGUAUACCUUGAUAUGAGGGAUCCUAUUGUGAAAAAGUCACAUGUAACAAAGAAAAUCUGA